AAAAGCCGCGUUUUAUUGCAGCAGGUAUCUCACCGCAACAUAUCACACUGUUGUAGUAAUGGACUCCUCCGUCAGGUCCUGCUCCGCUGUUGCGUUUGUCUACAGGGGGACAUUUGUCCACUCGACGCCUCAGACACCGCUCCAGAUCCUAGAAGAUGCGCUCCUGGGAGUGGACACCCGAGGAAAGAUUGCUUUUAUUGACAAAGGAGGAGAGUUACAGGAUUUGUCUCAGACCUUUGGAUUCAGUCCAUCUAAAGUCAUCCAACUGGAGGAUCAUGAGUUCUUCAUGCCUGGGAUGGUGGACACACACAUUCAUGCCUCCCAGUACAGCUAUGCUGGCACAGCCCUAGACAUGCCUUUGCUGCAGUGGCUCAACACCUACACCUUUCCUGUGGAGUCCCGUUUCAAGGACUUACAGUUUGCCCAUAACGUCUACACACAAGUAGUGAAAAGAACCCUAAGAAAUGGAACAACUACAGCCUGUUACUUUGCUACUAUUCACACGGAUUCUUCUCUUCUGCUGGGGAGGAUUGCACAUGACUUCGGACAGCGUGCCCUGGUGGGGAAGGUGUGUAUGGACAGGAACAGUUCUGUAAAACAUUACAAAGAAACCUCUCAGGAGUCUGAGAAUGAAACCUACCGGUUCAUCAAAGAGCUCUUGAACCAAAAGUACCCUUUAGUGAAGCCGGUGGUGACGCCACGCUUCGCUCCAUCCUGCUCUGAAGCUUUGCUCACGCAGCUGGGAGCGAUAGCUAAAAAUAACAACCUGCACAUUCAGAGUCACAUCAGUGAAAACACUGAGGAAGUGAAGCUUGUAAAGGAGCUGUUUCCUGAUUCAGAGUCCUACACGGAUGUGUAUCACAAGUCCAAUCUUCUCACCGAGAAGACAGUGAUGGCCCAUGGCUGCCAUCUCAGUGACAAAGAGCUGGUUCUGUUCAGAGAGACAGGAACUUCUUUGUCCCACUGUCCCAAUUCCAACUUUUCGUUGUGCAGCGGGGUGUUAAAUGUCCGCAACGUCCUGAAUCACAAAGUGAAGUGUGGGCUGGGUACAGAUGUGGCGGGGGGCUACUCCUCUUCUAUGCUCGAUGCUGUGAGAAAAGCUCUGGAUGCGUCCAAAGUCCUAACGAUCCAGAAUCCAGAACACAACACGCUCACCUUCGAGGAAGUGUUCAGACUGGCCACACUGGGAGGCAGUCAGGCCUUGUCUCUGGAUGACCACACAGGGAACUUUGAAGUGGGGAAAGAUUUUGAUGCCCUAAGGGUUAAUGUGGCAGCUCCCGGUGGACCCAUAGACCUGAUCCAGUCUGAUAGACCAAAGAAUCUUUUGGAAAAGUUCUUGAAUCUAGGCGACGAUCGCAACAUCAUGGAGGUGUUUGUAGCUGGGAGGAAGGUGGUGCCAUUCACUGAUUUGUGAAAAUAAUGAAAUCAUCUCUGAAACCGCUUCAAAGAGCCUCCGAUAAAUUAGACAAACAACAAAGCUCUUCCUAACUUUAUGAAAUGUAUUUUUGCACAAACGUUGAUGAAUAACAAGAAAUCUAAAUGCUUUUGAUCUGAAAGAGAGAAGAAUAGAUGCACUUUAGUGUAGGUCAAACCAUCCAGGAAUGUUGGACAUUUCAUUUGGACAAAAGGGACUUUGAGUAUCGUGAAGUUUGUAAUUUUCUCAAAUGAUUGUGCCAAAUUUAUGCUUUUUAUAUUUUUUAUUCACCUACAUGCCAGAUUUUUCUGUUUGCAUAAGCUUUAGAAACCCAUGUGAUCUUUGUAGUAGCUACAAACCAAAUGUUAGCAAUCAAAUGCACAUAAAAAGGCUAUUAAUAUCUGGAAGUCUGGUGACAUAUGAACUUUGAUGAUCCAAACUUCAUGCUUGAUUGAAUGUGAAAUUAGGCUCUAAUCAAAAUUAAUGUCUUCAUUAUACACUCCAUCUAAAUGCAACAAUUCAACGGUUAAAUUUCAUAGAAUUAAUUUGGAGUGCCAACUGUUGCAGUUCACAAAGUUACAGUAAAAGCUAUUUUAUAUUUAUUACAUGCUGUUGUUUAACAUUUAUUUAAAUAAUUCCAUUAUUCUAAUGAGUGAGUUUGUUAUGAAUCCAGUUUGGUUUAUUAGUUUUUCAUUUAAACACUGAUUCAGAAUGCUUUAUUGGAUAUGUGUAAACAAACCUGUGUAUUUUUCUUGUAAGAAUGUAAGGGAAAGUGUGACCAAAGGGAGUCUCUUUCUGGUCGGCUCAUGGGUCCCCAGAAGAACAAAAGAAGAAUGUCAAUGGAGCUAAAUGAGCUAUUUUCUAAUCUGUUUUGCCUUCUCUCUGAAUCACAAAUACGCUGUACUUCAAUUUAAAUAAACAAUUAAGUGUGUUUCGAC